GCCAAGAAAGGCAUGUGUGGGUUCACAGCAAACCAUGGCCUUCAGGUUCAUUUUUCUACUGCUCUGUGCUUUCCAAGGAGCUGAGAGCUCUCGGAUUGUUGGAGGCAGAGAUACUGUCCCCCAUUCGCGGCCAUACAUGGCCUCACUGCAAAUCCAAGGUCAACAUUUCUGUGGCGGAGUGCUCAUAAGAGAGGACUUUGUGCUCACAGCAGCACAUUGCGACAUAUCAGCACCGUACACUGUUGUGCUUGGAGCAGAUACACUGGAGGCUAAUGAGCCAGCAAAGCAGCGCUUGGAUGUUCUCAGAGCAUUUCCCCAUCCAGACUACAUUGACUUAGCAAACGAUAUCAUGCUGUUAAAGCUUAGCAGCAAGGCAAAACUUACAAAGGAAGUCCAAUUGAUUUCUUUGAAGUCUGGCCGCUUGAGAAAUGGAAGUAGCUGUAUUACAGCGGGCUGGGGAGACAUUGGGGACAACAAGACGUUGGCAAACAGGCUUCAGGAAGUUAAUGUCACAAUUCUGCCACUGCGUACAUGUCGGAAAGAAUGGGAAAAUGUCCCCAUAGCCAGAUCGAUGGUUUGUGCUACAGGGGUACGGAAAUUACAGGGCUUCUGCUCGGGGGAUUCAGGAGGUCCGCUGGUGUGUGAUGGAGCCUCAGCAGGUGUCGUCUCCUUCUCUGGACGUCAUUGUGGAGACCCAGCAACUCCUGAUGUUUACACGCGUGUUGCCUUCUUCAGAUCAUGGAUAAACAAAGUGCUAAAAGAAAAUUAGGCUUAAUAUCUUUACUUGAUACUUUUUCCACCUCCAAAAGAUAAAAUACAACUGUUCUACAUUUCAAGCAAAACGACGUGUUGGGAAUUAAAAUGCUGUUCAACUGUAAAGUUUUUACUAACUUUGGUAGUUACUUGAAAUAUCUGUUACUUAAAUUGCAAUGGGGGACAAUUUUGAACAAAUAAAGUUUUAAUAAACGGCAAAGGUUGAUAAUGGAUAGGGUUGUAAUUUAUUUCAUUACAGGAGUGGACAUCAUUAAAUAACUAAGUUUUGCAAAGCUA